CAAGGGAGACAAGCGGGUUUUCUUCCUCGAUAUUACGUUAAAAAUCGGGGGAGAGGCAAAAAGGGUGACAUUCAUCACUCCUACGCACGAAUCUAUCUUGUGUUGAGGUGAUUUCUUUUUAACUUCUUCCAUCAACAAAAUUGGAAGGUAAUAUCGGAUUUUAUUAGUGUAAAAAUGGGCUUUAUAUGUUGAAAUCGCGUUCGAUCUUAUUGUUGUCAAUGAUUCAACUCAGCUCCUUUAUAAUUUAUUUAUUUUUCCAAAUUUGUUGUUUGUGGAUAAUAAUCUUCCUCUAGCAACAUUUCUCUUGAAGUUUUGAUUCUGGUGUUUAUGGUUUUCUCCUUGCCUUCAAAACUGUCUGCCCUUCAAGUGUAACCGGUGAAAUACUCAGGACCACCGCCCCUGUACACCAUGGAAGCAGCUACUUCUUUGGUAUGCCCGAAAGUCACAUCUUUUGGGUUUACUUUCUCGCCUAAACACAGAUUAACCUUGUUCAGACCUUUCAACAAACAAUUCGAAGACAGAAAAUUAUUCCUAAAACAAUAUCUCGCCCAGAACAAUCUUAAGCUUAUUAGAACCCCUUCAAAUUCCUCUGUGUUACAUGCUUCGAAGUCCGGCAAUCUACCUGGUUUAUCACUGAAGAGCCGCGGAAAUUCCUUUCGUUUACAGUUCAUUUCUGUAUCUCCGUUAUCUGCUGCAAACUUUGGAAUUAUUAAUCGUUUCCACCAGCUCAAAUGCUCAUGUUCAAGUUCCAGUGCAACAAGUGCUGACUCACAGAACCCCUUGCUGAAGAGUCUCAGAAAUUUCAAUUUUGUGUCUUUGAAAUCAACCCUUUUGCAGUUGACCCCAGUUGACAUUUGCAAGUGGUGUUUGAUAUUCUCAGUUGCAAUUGCAGCUUCAAAAUGGAGUCUGGAUUUACUGUUCAACCCAUUUUUCUGGAUGUAUUUUAGCUGGACGUGGGUGUUCUGGCCAUGGUUAGUAGCAAUUGGCCUUGCAAUUUAUGGCCUUUAUAGCCUUAACAAGCAUUUACGGGGAGAAGCCAGUGUACUAGAGCAACUUGGCAUCAUUACCUCAGCUUCCACUUGGCUAACAUUAGUCCCACCUGCUCAUUCCAACGGCUUUCUUGAAGGAUGGCCCUUUGUGUUCUUUUUCGUGUACCAUUAUUUCUUUUUCCUCAAUGUGAGUGUCCGAAAACGGUUAUAUGGUGAUUAUUAUCCUAGGAAGCACGAUACGAAGUGGGACAUUACUCUGCCCAAUUGGCAUAAACGCUUGUUUUGUGUUGGAGUGAUGGUUGGACAUUGGCUAGCAGCACGUGAAGGGAAAGAACUGCAUCUAAUUCCUGGUGGGUGGAACAAUGUGGGUAUUUGGCUUUUGAUCAUGUUGACUGAGUUCAUGCAGUAUCACUCCACCUUGUAUUUGGCCAAGUAUUCUGAGAAGGUGGUUGUGCCCACUGCUGUUGUCCAGUUUGGGCCAUACAGAUUUGUUCGCCACCCGAUUUAUGCGUCCACGAUGCUGUUGUUUGUUACAUACUUCACUGCACUCAGAGCUCCCAUGAGUGCUCUAUUUAUAGUUGCGGUUUGUAUUAUGUACUAUGGGCAGAAAGCAAAAUUAGAAGAGGCCUUGAUGCUAGAGACCUUUGGAGAGAGGUAUGCUGAGUACAUGAAUAAGGUUAGGUACAAGUUUCUUCCUUUUAUUUAUUAAUUUAAGCAGUAGUCAGCUAUGUAGAAUUUUGCAAUUUUGAAGAUAGAAAGAUAACAUUAAUCUUCAGCUGUUAUAUGUAAGGGUACAAUUUCCAUUUCAUUAUUACCAUUUAUUAAUUUAAGCAGUAGUCAGCUAUGUAGAAUUUUGCAAUUUUGAAGAUAGAAAGAUAACAUUAAUCUUCAGCUGUUAUAUCUAAUGGUACAAUUUCCAUUUCAUUAUUA